AUGUCUAUUUUGAAUUAUUUCAAAACUUUGACAACACCUUCUAAAAAACAGGGAAUAUGUCUUCCUGAUCCUCAGCAUACGCCAGAAAAACGUACUUUGAUAGAAAAUUUAAAUGAUAUUGUGGAUGAAGAGUAUCAAAAAACUCCGGAGUCCGGCAAAAAGAGGAAAAGGGGGUCAUAUCAACAUUACACUCCAGAACAAAAGGCGAAAAUGGGACGAUACGCGAUCGACAAUGGCCCAGCGAAAGCAGCGAAAUAUUUUUCAGAAAAACUAGGGGUAAAAAUAAACGAAAGCUCUAUUAGAACAAUUCGCCAGCAAUAUUUAUUAAGGCAGAAACUUUCCACAGAGCCGGUGAAAGAAGUGGUCCCUAAAAAACGAGGCCGUCCCAAACUACUCGGUGAUGAACUGGAAAAACUUUUUGUGAUUAUAUAA